ACCUUUUCCUAUCAUAUUAUCCGAACCCAUUGUUCGGGAAGUAACUAGUAAUUACCAAUUUGUUAUUUUUUGUAAAAAUAUUAUUUUGUUGUUUUUAUAAAUUUAAAUACUUCUAGACGUUGUGAUUGUUAGUAGUUUAACUUCGAAAAAUUUAUUAGUUAACGUAACGUAGUGAUAAAAUACAAAAAUCUGUGGUAAGGAUAAUGUCCAACCGACGCGACGGUAUGUCGUCCAAACAAAUCUAUGAUCUCGACACCAUAUGGGGAGAUUUAAAGAACGGUAUUGAACAUGUAUACAAUCGUCAGUCAAUGCCUAAGCCUCGUUAUAUGGAACUCUACACACACGUUUAUAAUUACUGUACUAGUGUGCAUUUAAAUCCAAAUAAAAGCACAACAGUGGCAGGUACCCGUUCCAAAAAAGCUUCAUCAACCUCAACAGCACAAGUUGGUGGUGCCCAAUUAGUAGGGCUUGAGCUGUAUCGGAGAAUCAAAGAUUUUUUACGGCACUAUCUACUGGACCUAAUCAGCCGUGGUGCUAAUUUUAUGGAUGAAGAUGUACUUUCUUUCUAUACCCGCGAAUGGGAAGACUAUCGUUUCAGUUCAAAAGUAUUGAAUGGUGUUUGUUCUUAUUUAAAUCGUCAUUGGGUCCGUAGGGAAUGUGAAGAAGGCCGAAAAGGUAUCUAUGAAAUAUAUCAACUAGCAUUGGUAGCAUGGCGAGACUGUUUAUUCCAGCAACUACAUAAACGUGUUACUAAUGCUGUAUUAAAAUUAAUCGAACGUGAACGUAAUGGUGAAUCAAUUAAUACUCGAUUAGUUAGUGGCGUGAUUAACUGUUAUGUUGAACUUGGCUUAAAUGAAGAAGAGCCAACUAUAAAAGGCCAAAGUUUGACCAUUUACAAAGAAUCUUUUGAAAAAACAUUUUUAGAAGAAACCAAAUGUUUUUAUAUCAAAGAAAGUGAUCAAUUUUUGGCGAAUAAUACGGUAACAGAGUACAUGAAAAAAGCCGAACAACGUUUACAAGAAGAACAAAAACGAGUGCGAGAUUACCUUCAUGAAACCACAUUGUUUGGCCUUGCAGAUACUUGUGAAAAAGUGCUUAUUCGAAAACAUAUGGAAAUCUUUCAUGCAGAAUUCCAAAAUUUAUUAAAUUUUGAAAAGAAUGAUGAUCUUGGGCGAAUGUACCAUUUAGUUUCGCGCAUUCAAGAUGGUCUUGGAGAAUUAAAAAUUAUACUUGAAUGUCAUAUAUUGGCUCAGGGUCAAACUGCAAUUGAAAAAUGUGGUGAAGCUGCUUUCAAUGAUCCCAAAACCUAUGUAAGCGUUAUCCUAGAUGUACAUAAAAAAUAUAAUGCUUUGGUUGCUUUAUCAUUCAACAACGACUCGGGAUUUGUAGCUGCUCUCGAUAAAGCUUGUGGAGGAUUCAUUAAUAAUAAUCUAGUUACAAGACAGUACAAUUCAAGUUCUAAAAGUCCAGAGAUGUUAGCCAAAUUUUGUGACUUGCUAUUGAAAAAAUCUAGCAAAAACCCAGAAGAAGCUGAACUUGAAGAUACUUUGAAUCAAGUUAUGAUAAUGUUCAAGUAUAUCGAAGAUAAGGAUGUGUUUCAGAAGUUCUAUAGCAAAAUGCUUGCCAAAAGACUUGUUCAACAUAUGUCUGCCAGCGAUGAUGCUGAAGCAUCAAUGAUAUCAAAGUUGAAACAAGCUUGUGGGUUUGAAUAUACUUCAAAACUUCAACGUAUGUUCCAGGAUAUUGGUGUGUCUAAAGAUCUAAAUGAGGCAUUUAGAAAGCAUGUAUCCAACUCAAACAUGCCUCAUGAUAUUGACUUUAGUAUACAAGUUUUAUCAUCUGGUUCUUGGCCGUUCCAAUACCUCCUAACAUUUUCUUUGCCGUCCGAAUUGGAACGUUCAGUUCAGAGGUUUACCCAGUUCUAUAGUGCUCAGCAUUCAGGUCGUAAACUUAAUUGGCUGUAUAACAUGUCUAAAGGUGAAUUGGUUACUAACUGUUUUAAAAAUCGAUAUACUUUACAAGCUUCAACAUUUCAAAUGGCUGUUCUACUGCAAUUUAAUGUCCAGGAACAGUGGACUGUUAAUCAACUAUCUGAAUCAACACAGUUAAAGACUGACUAUUUAAUACAGGUCUUGCAAAUACUGUUGAAAGCUAAACUUCUGAUGUGUACUGAGGAUGAGUCAUCAGUGCAUGGUAGCUCUAUUGUAUACCUUUAUAGUGGUUACAAGAACAAAAAAUUACGUGUUAACAUAAAUGUCCCUAUGAAACAAGAAAUAAAGUUAGAACAAGAGAGUACACACAAGCAUAUUGAGGAAGACAGAAAAAUGUUGAUUCAAGCAGCUAUAGUGAGAAUAAUGAAAAUGCGCAAAGUGAUGAAGCACCAACAGCUAACAGCCGAGGUAUUAACACAAUUGUCAUCCAGAUUCAAGCCUAGGGUUAACGUGAUCAAAAAGUGUAUUGAUAUUCUGAUCGAAAAAGAGUACCUAGAGAGAACCGAAGGACAAAAAGAUUCAUACAGUUAUUUGGCUUAAGUAACAACUCUUUUGAAAUUACUAUUUACAAAUAUUUUGUAUUAUGUUGCAUAUUUUACUAAUAUUUUUUAUUCUUAAGUGUAAAAUAAAACCUUCUUUAAAAAUGAAUUUGACCUAAUUGAUGAAUAACUAUCCCAAUCGUUAUGUGAUACCAAUUAUUAUAGUUGCACUAUGCCACUAUAUAGUGUUGACUAUGUUAAUAUGUUGUAUAAAUAAAUAGUGUAUAUGCAGUAUGAACUUUUAUGUAUAUAUAAGCGUUUCCAUGGA